UGAAGCGUCUUCAAGGGACGACACCGGGAGCAUCCGCACUGGGACGCCACCGAAGGCUCAGCGUCUCCGUGUGUGAGUUGACAAACGCUUUGUUAAGUGGGAAGUUGCGGCUCAGCAGAAUGAAAACACGAGGCUGCGGGAGAAAGUAAGGAGAUCUCGCAGCCAGCUGGUUGGCUGGUGUUGCCGCGGAUGGACUGCAAUCAUGUAACAACUUUCAAGGUUUCCGGACGAACACGAUGCUUUGAGUCGUAGUUUGUUUGGGAGGCGAACGGUCGUCUGGGAGGAGGAGGAGGACGCAGAUAAACGACACGGAGCUGUAUUUUUCUGCCCCUGGUCCCGAUCGCGCAGUUUGUAGCUUCUGCUGCUCCAGACAUGGCAAGACUCCGGAGGAAAGCUUGCAUUGCCCUGUUUCUCUUCACGCUAUUCGUCUUCGGGACCAUGAUGGGGCUGAGGACCUUAAAACCCUUCGACGCGUUCUCGGAUUUCGCUCCGGGCUUGGAGCUCCUUCCGAUGACGGGGGGGAAGACGGACCGGCGCUCCGUGUCCCGUGGCACCACCGCGUCCCCGGGUCAAGCUCGACCCGCCGCCAGCGACACCAAAGCAAUGUUAUCCAACGCCGGCCCCGAGGGCACGGUAUUUUAUGACGUGCAUAUCUUUUACUACAUCUGGUACGGGAACCCGCACAUGGACGGCAAGUACAUUCACUGGGACCAUAUCCUGGUGCCACACUGGGACCCCAAGAUCGCAUCCAGUUACCCGAGAGGGAGACACAUGCCGCCUGAAGACAUCGGCUCCAGUUUCUACCCCGAACUCAGUCCGUACAGCUCGAGGGACCCGGACGUGCUAGAGUCCCACAUGGAGCAGAUUGGAGCGUCCGCUGCAGGAGUCUUGAUUCUGUCUUGGUAUCCUCCUGGCCUGGCCGAUGACAACGGGGAACCUGCGGAAGAUUUGGUACCAGCUGUACUGGAGGCUGCAUAUAGACACAAUCUGAAGGUUGCAUUUCACAUCCAACCGUACCGAGGACGGAACGACCAGAGUGUUCACGACAACAUCAAGUAUAUCAUUGACAGGUACGGUGACCAUGGGGCCUUCUACAAAUUUACUUCCAGAACAGGGAGGAGUCUUCCUCUGUUUUACAUCUACGACUCCUACCUAACUCCUCCGGAGUCCUGGGCCGAGUUCCUGACUCCCACGGGCUCCCACAGCGUGCGCGGCUCGGCCUACGACUCUGUCUUCAUUGCCCUGAUCGUGGAGGAGCGCCACAAGCAGGACAUCCUCGCAGCUGGAUUCGAUGGCAUGUACACUUAUUUCGCCUCAAACGGCUUCUCCUUCGGCGCCUCCCACCAGAACUGGAAGGCCACCAAAGCGUUCUGCGACGGCCACAAUCUCCUUUUCAUCCCCAGCGUGGGACCCGGAUACAUCGACACCAGCAUCCGUCCGUGGAACAACCACAACACGCGCAACCGCGUGAACGGCCGCUAUUACGAGAUGGGCCUGCAGGCGGCGCUGAACGUGCGCCCAGAGGUCGUCACCAUCACGUCCUUUAAUGAAUGGCAUGAGGGGACACAGAUAGAGAGGGCUAUGCCUAAAAAGACCGUGACCCGAGUGUACCUGGACUAUCAGCCACAUGGCCCUGAUCACUACCUGGAGCUGACCCGGCGCUGGGUGGAGCAGUUCAACAAAGAGAAGGAGCAGUGGCUCAUAUGAUCUUCCUUCUACGUGACUCGAAGCAGCGUGUUCUAUUGGAAGGACGUGGAAACUGAGAGGAGGAGUGUUAACCUUUGAAGGGUUUGGACCCUGCUCAGGAUCGGUGUUUAAAAAAAAAACCCAACAGAACGGUUGAGCGUUAUUGUAAGCGGUUAUUGUCUGGAAGCCAGAUGGUCGAUACGACGUUAAGCCCAUUUCAACAUGAAGCUGCAGUCAGCAGGAGGUGAACAACUGGCUGAGCUCUGGCUAAUAGCAGAAUCCACCUACUGGCACCUCAGUAGUCCUAUUACAGCUCACACUGACAAAGUAGAUGAGCGGAAGCUUAAAACGACUCAUUUAUUCUGUUACUAGUAUUUAUGUGCCUGCGGAUUUGGCCAGUUCAGCUCUGAAUCAUCAUGUGUACAGUUGUAUCGGCAAAGAUACACAUAUUUAUUUCCCAAUAUGUUGAUGCUUUGGGUUUUAUUUGAGAAAAAUAAUUUGGUGUUUUUGUGUAGUAAAAAGGCUCCAGCGAUGAAAACCACCUUAAACUUUAGAACAAGUAGUUCCAUACUUCAAGCAUGCAGAUUAGAACAAGUCCAUUCACUGCCCAACGCUGCAGUUAUAGACUCAAAGGUCUGUGUUCGGAAGAACAAACCACUGACUGGAGGCUCGACAUGCAGCCAGAAAUGAUCACAUCCCAGUGUUUAAGUAAAAUGUACAUGGAAUAUUUUUAGAAUAAAGUACGUACAGGCACCGACUCUGUGCCUCAUUCAGCUUCUUUGGCACGAAUAAGACUGAUAACGAAACACAGCUAAGUUUAUGCACCAACGCAAGUCUGUUUAAACUUGUAGUUUACAUCAACAGCUACACUUUAACAGACAUGCAGACAAAUUUCUAUGAGAUUCAUAAUUUAAUAAACAAUGAGUCAAACUUAAACAAUAAAAAGGUUUGUACAUAAAAAUACAUCAAAAACUUCAGACCCUUUAGUCACCUGAACAAAAAUCAGCCUGGCCUUUAAGACUUGAGGUCCCAAGGUUGUGUCUGGGUCCUAUAGAUGCUUGUGCGUCUCAGCAUGCGUUGUGUCGAGCCUCAUUCCUCCAACUGCACAGACAGUCCGUGUUUGUGCUCCACCAGGUCGACGGUCGACGAAAGGGCACUGAGAACAGGAAAUGCGCAUUUUUACAGACACGCGUUUUUAGUUCAAUUCAUCAAAUCCAUGCUCCAUCAUCACAAUAUCUAUUCUGUCUGCACAUGCUCACACAUUUUGUUUACUAGUUUCAGGGCGAUGAAUAAUGCUAGUAGCUCAUCCUCUGGUGGUGGACAACAUCGUGAUGACACUGCAGAAACACUGGCAGGUGCUCGAUGUGAGUAAAUCCUUCAUAUAUUUACUUCUCCUCAGUUUCAUUAUGUCUCAGUGGAGUGAUUGUAUUUUUAUCACGAUGUGUGAAAUCACAUUUCUGCUGAAUAUCAUUGUAGUGGAGCAGCUGCUCAUUUAAUGUUUGUGAGGUUCAGAGCUGUGAGAUUCAGCACCAACUGUGUCCCAGUAACUGGAUGAACCUACCAGCCGGGUCUGAUGAUGCGAUAUCUGUCAGGAACCGACAAGUCGACCACGGUUGAUCCGAGGCGGCUCUGGUCUCCUAUGGGUCCGCCGUCCACCACCACAGCUAGUCUGGGCCAGAGCUCCUGGAACUCCUACGAAAAAAUCAAAACAGCAGGCUUAAACAGAACUGUGGUUUACAGGACAGGAUAAAAAUAAUAAUAAAUGGGAAAAUUAUUUAUCCAUAAUGAAUUUAAAUACAUUUUCCCACUCACAUGUACUUCUACAGUGCUUGUGUGCGAGCUGAUGUUGGCGCUGGUCAGUGCGAGCGGCUCCCCACACAUCUGGCAAAGCUGCCUCAUGAAGGCGUGGUCCGGGAUUCGUACGCCCACGAGCUGAGGAACACGUGCACAUGUCAACAGAUGACCGACGCCAAAUCAUCAAUUGCUGCUUGUGUAGAAUUAAAGAAAACGAGCUUACCGGGGUGAAUGGGUUGAGAUCUGUGUUCAGGACUUCAGACCUUUCAAACACCAGAGUGACAGGACCAGGCAGCAGAUCUGCUAACAGCUCCUCCUUUACCUUCACUUUACAAUACCUGAGCACAGAGGAGUAAACACAAGCCUGUGACUCAUCCGUUUUAAUGCCUGUCCUAAGACUCCAGGAAAGAGUGGCCAUUUCACCUAAAUAAAACAAAUCUAUUCAUUAAAAAUCAUCAAAAUCUAUAGUGUAACGUUAGUUGCAAACCUUAUUUGAGAAUUAUAUUUAGUCUCAAGCAUCCAUCACUCAUCUCAGCGAACUCAAAUAAAUGGGACACGGCUGCAUGGGGAUAUAAAAACAUCACCUUGCAAAUUAUCUAAUGAAUCCUGGCGGAUUUGGUGACAGCAGGUGCGCUUGUCACUCAAACGGUUGUUGAUGCGGAAAUGGAUCUAUGCCUCAUCUAUGUGUGACUUGUCUCUAUGUCUGUCAUAAAACCAUCACACUGCAGAGGAACUGACAGACAAAUUAAGCAGUGAUUAAUAUUCACCGUGCACAAAGCGAGCGAGCGAACAAGCAAGCAGCGCACACACACAAACACACACAAACACACACACAAACACACACGCACACACGUCCAGAUUGAAGUCUUCCCCCGCAGAGCCUCACACACCUGUAGAUAUCCUGGAUUUCUCCCACACAGAUCGCCAGUGGUUUCUGCCCAUUUCGGCCUUUGAUGCUGUAUAUUCUUCUGACGGCGUCAGAGUUCUGGGCCAGGCACGCCAGACCAUAGAUGGUGUCAGUGGGCACGGCGACGACGUGACCUUCCUUCAGAGCCUUAGCAGCGCACUUUAAGAUUUCAGCACCGUCUGCAAAUCAAACACAAGGAGGGUCCGUAAGAGGCAGCAGACCCAUCAAAACACACAAGAAAGCCCAGGUUUCCAGGAGGCGUUCAUUCAUUUUUAUUAACCCAGCACAGCAGAUUAACGCAACACCUCAGUGUAGUUAAAUUAAACAGAGGCUGCUGGUUCACAUCACUUGUGUAAGAAUACGAGUCUCAUGUAAAUCCUAAAAAAUUAAAGGCUCAUAGCAUUCAAUAAUGGUCUACAGUCUGGGUCCUUUAAAAUAUUCACCUCUCAAAAGGUUGAACUAUUUAUUGAUUCAUGUUUUAUUUGAUUUGGCUUUUGACAAAAUAUAAAUCAUCGCUGAUGCAGGCAUAUAUUAUUAAUAUUUCUCAUUUCUCCAAGUGCUGUGUUCGGAGAAUUGGAUAAAAAACGGCUGGAAUACGUCCAGUUACUGGUGAAUCACUAUCUUGGCCACAAACUGCAACAUGAAAAGCACAAGUUCUGGCUGGGAGGCAAGAAAAAUUCAUCAAAUAUCUCUUAAGACUAAAUCUGUUAAGAAAAGCAAGGACUGUGGUACAAACCUAACGAUGACUAGAGACUAGUGAGAGAGGCCACCAAGCUACAAUAACACAAGCUUACGCAGAUACACGUAGGUGUGGUCAUCACCCUUAAAAAUAAACUGCACCACUGCAGUGACAACAAAACAGGAACAUCAGGUUUAGUUUACAUCAAUGAAUAAAACUUUUUUUAGCCAAGUUGAUCUUCUAUUAAUAAGUUUAACGACUCUGUUGUAUUUGUUCUUUUCACAAAUUGACCUUUGGCAGGUCGUAAGAAUAAUUCUGAGACAACGUGUGUGUGUGUAGUAACCACAGCUGCAGCAGCCGUAUCGUCCUCCACGCUGAUCUGUACCUGUGUGGCCGCUCUGCAGCUCCGCCGCCCCGGUGGCCGCCGGAGCCAACAGCCGCAGCACCCGCGUCUUCAGCUCCUUGCACAUCUCUGCCCGGAGCCGACGGACCGCAGCCGAACUGUAAGAUGUAGUGGACGCGGCUAACACAGCGGCGAUGCCACGAACACGCCUCAUCAACUGAGAGCUGCUGUCACUUCGCUGCCACACGGCGUGUUGCAGCACACGGAGCAGCCAUAGCCGAAGUGAAGGCGGAACUUCCGGGUCGAGUGCCAGAAGUAGCAGAACAUCGCUAUUCAUUAAAAACGCAGCCUCGCAAAUACAACCUCUCAACAAUAUGAUGCGUUUUAAGUUCCGGGCGUUUGAGUAAACGUGUUAGUUUAAUGUAACUUGUUUCAUGUCGUUCAGUAUUUACGCGUUUGCAACAUUCAUAGAACACAAUUUCCCAUGUUCACCCUACGUUUGCGGGCUAAACGUCACAGCGCCGCCGCGAGGGCGAGUCCAUGUAGGAGGGGGUCACGAGGAGCGCGCGCACGUGUCUGUAGAACGCAGCAAGGCCGUUUUAAAGUAACACCGUAGAUGGAUUUACGCUAAAGGCACAACGCAAACGGCAAAAUAACAACUUUUGUAGAAAAGGUUGGGUAGUUGAUGAACGGACGAAACCACUAUGACGCACUCGUUCUGCCGCGCAUGUAGCUGUGCCUCAUGGGAGCUGUAGUUUUUCAGAUGCAAAGUCAAAGUGAACGUACUUACUGCAAAUACAAACGUCUGUGUGGAGAGGGCGGUUUAAAGUAAAUACUUUUAACAGUUUAAGUUUUAUGUUAUUAUUAAAAUUGGCAUUCUAUUCAAUUCACACUUUAGUGUUAAAAAUUAACCUCUCAACUUCAUCAGCACAAUUGAAUUGGGAAAUUGAAAUCACCUGUGCUUAGAUGCUUAAAGGUGUAAAGGAAGAAGGCAACCGUUAGUAGACAACAGCCAUGGCCUCAGAUACAGAAAACACAGAGGAAGCAACUGUCAUGCAGAGUGGUGAAGAUGUUUCAUUGAGCAAACAGCACCUGCGUCUUGAGGACGUUGAGGACAGACUAUUGACCUUGUCUGAUAAAUUAAUCCUGUGUAAGAAAAUCCUGAAAGACUUUAAAGACCUGAACGAUGUUCUUGAGAGGAAAUCUCUGCAAGAUUUGUCUCUGCCACCACAGAACUGACCACGUGGGACAAACAUGUUAUUUUAAGUCUUGCUAAAUUUAUUAUGGAGAUUAUUUGAAAAAUAAAGAAUGAAUUUAACUUGUG